AUGACGAAGAUCAACACCAGCCUGUCGUCCAGCCGGAGAAAGAGCCGCAAGGCUCACUUCUCCGCGCCUUCCAGUGUGCGCCGUGUUAUCAUGAGCGCUCCUCUCUCCAAGGAACUCCGUGAGAAGCACAACGUUCGCGCGAUCCCCAUCCGCAAGGACGACGAGGUCAUCAUCAAGCGUGGCAGCAUGAAGGGUCGCGAGGGCAAGGUCACAUCCGUCUACCGUCUCAAAUAUGUCAUCCACAUUGAGCGCGUCGCCCGCGAAAAGGUCAACGGCCAGUCGGUCCCCAUCGGCAUCGCUCCUUCCAAGGUCGAAAUCACCAAGCUCAAGCUCGACAAGGACCGUGAGAACAUCAUCGAGCGCAUCGCUGCUGGACGUGUCGCCAACGAGAAGAAGCGCACCAAGGCUUAA